AUGCGUACGCUGGAGCUACUGGAGCGGGUACAGGCCAAGUAUGGGCGGCAGGUUGUGCGCUAUCGUCCAAUGACAGCGCAAACGCGGGAAGAGUUUGAGGAUCUCUACGGAGAAGAGCUGUGGCAGCGCGACCCGGAGCUGUAUCAGUACAUGACCAAAGUGGAGCCGACGGGGCGGGCGCUGCGCGAUUACGGCGUCAACGUGUGGAUCACGGGUCGCCGCCGGUCCCAGGGGGCGGUGCGAUCACAGCUGCACGUGGUCGAGCGCACCAAGGACGGCCGCUUCAAGGUCAACCCAAUGGCGUUCUGGCCCUUUGAGACGGUGCAGGCGUACAUACGCGAGCACAACGUGCCGUACAACGCGCUGCUUGACCAGGGGUACAAGUCCAUUGGGGACGUGCACUCGACAGUUCCUGUUGGCAGCGAUGCACCGGAGCGAUCGGGCCGGUGGUCCGGCGACUACAGGACCGAGUGCGGCAUGCACACGAUGCUGGAGACGAUGGGGUGCGACGACCAGGCGGGCAGCACCACCAGCACCGCAACCAGCAGCGGCAUUGUGUCGGCAUUCUCGUCCAUGCUCUCGCUCGCAGAGCACAACAGCUCUCCACCGCCACAACAACAACAGCAGCAGCAGCAGCAGCAUCAUGACAGUGAUGGUGGUGAUGGCGAUGAUGGCGGUGUUGAAUUGCAUGUGGGCAAGAGUGCAAUGGGUACGGGAGUGCAACAGGCAGCUGUGCACGCGCAGGGUAGCAUGGCAAGCAAGGUUGGCGGUGCUGGGCGGGGAGCAAGUGCUGCCGAUGGUGAUGGGACCCAGGCAGACGCGGGUGCACGGCAGGAGGCGGCUGCAAUCUCAGACUAG